CAUCCUUUGUAACUUUCCCACUUGGAACUCAACUGAGAUGCUCAACUUGCGAGGAGCCGCGGAGCACCGAGCGCUCUCGGCUCCAUCUUCAGUCGACGGGAUCCUACGGCGGAUUCGGACGCCACAUCUCGCCUUGCAACCCUGCAGCCACCCUCGCCCCGGGAAGAGCCGGGCGGGCUAUUGAGGAGGGCCGAUCACCACGGGGAGGGCGAGAAGUCCCCGUUGCGAGAAAUAGGGCAGCUUCCCCCCCCGCCGCCACCGGAACGCUUCCCACCCCUCUGAUCCCAUCCAGCGGCAGAGCAGAUUUGCAGCACCAAACUUGGCAAUGCCGUUUGGAUGCGUUACCCUGGGCGAUAAGAAGGAUUAUAACCAGCCAUCUGAGGUGACUGACAGAUAUGACCUAGGGCAGGUCAUCAAAACAGAGGAGUUCUGUGAGAUAUUCCGUGCCAAGGAGAAAUCAACAGGGAAGCUCUAUACAUGCAAGAAGUUUCUGAAAAGAGAUGGGCGCAAAGUGCGGAAGGCAGCAAAGAAUGAGAUCAUCAUCCUGAAAAUGGUGAAACACCCCAAUAUUCUGCAGUUGGUGGAUGUGUAUGUUACCCGGAAAGAGUACUUCCUCUUCUUGGAGCUGUAAGUAGUUGUUACCCAGAACUCCCAAGAUGUCGCAUACAUAAUGG